ACGACACCUUCAUCAAUAUACAUGUCGAUAAAAAGAUAUUAAGUGUCAAGUUGAAUAGACUUGAUACGUAUCUUGUUCGACGACAUGACGAUUUAAGUGGAGCAAGAGUUAGCAGCAAUACAUCUGUCGCCGUCUUCUCUGGUCACGAAGCUACAUCAGCACCAAUAAAAUGCGGAAAUAGAGGAGAAUAUUUUGUAGAGCAACUUUUACCCACCAAACAUUUCGCUCAAGAAUUUAUCGUUCCCCCGGUACCGCCAAAAUCACAAUAUGUAGUGCGAAUAUAUAGUUCAUCUCAAAACACGUCUAUAACAUUUCGUAAUACAACGAAUCAAAAUAAGCAGCUCCUUUUGAAAGCUGGUGAUUUUCAUGAAUUUUUUAGCGGCAAUGACGCAAUGUAUGUUUUUGCAAACCAACCUGUUCAAGUCAUGUUGUACGUACAUGUCAUUAUGAAAGUAAUAUUGGCAACGGGUUCAUGUCUACAGUACCGGCAAUCAAUCAAUAUAGAAACUCCUAUCAUUUCUCUGUUAUUGCAACCAAUGAAAAGUUUACUCAUUAUCUUACAAUCAUUGCAAAAACUGAGGAUAUAUCUGGACUUAGAAUCAAUGGAAACCAAAUGGGAAAUAUCUUUCAAAGCUAUGUGACACACGCAAACAAUGAGAUGCUUACUGUUAAUGUAUACAAAUUGUCAGCCGGUGAAUAUCAUCUGUAUCACGUGACCGGUAGAACAUUUGGAGCAAUACAAUAUGGCUUUUAUUUAUGGGUUGCUUACGGAUACCCAUUGGGGAUGGAGGUUUACAAAGAGAGCACGGGGAAUGACAGACUAAGGUGUUUCGACUGUAAAGAUAUGACUCAUUUGUACCUCUGUGACACCGUUACUAAAUGUUCGAGCGGCCAGGUAUGUCAUGUGGAGACAUAUAGAACCAACAGUGGAUAGGUGAAAUACAACAGCGGAUGCCUAACCUCCGAGGU